AGUUUCUCCUUCGCUUUUCGUGACUCUCAGUUUGUCCCUCGCUGGUUCUCGUACCAUAACACGGAAGUGGCAGCGACACAUCGAACCGCGAUUUGUUUUGUUUUUUUUUAAAAGUCACUGAAAUACGCGAAUACCUGUGUAACUGUCUCCACGGUGACUUUCAUUAUUCAACUAAUCGUGUUUUUAUUUCCCCCCCACCACCUUUGCUGCGUUGCUAAACGACAGCUAAACGAUGCUACAGAGCUAGCCAGCAGCUAGCCAGCAGCUAGCCGCGGUGCUAACGAGAGGACGCCGUCGUUCAUGUCGCUGAAAUGGUCCAGAGCUUGUUCCGGACCGGGUUCCUGGUCCGGGCCGCUCACACGCUGCUCACCUGGGUCACGACCCUCAUCCUGUUCCUGCACGACACCGAUUUGCGGAGGUGUGAGGAGCGAGGAGAGCUGCUGCUGCCGCUUCUCUUCUUCUUCCUGGUCGUGAUGUCGGUGCUCUUAUACUUCGCCGUUUCUCUAAUGGACCCUGGCUUCGUUCUCACUGACGCUGUGAUGGCGGUGGAGGGGUCAAACGAGGAAAUGGAAUCAAUGAUUCCUCAGACUUCAACCCCUCGGCUGCGGCGCUGCGGAUACUGUCUGCUGCAGGUAACCAGCUGCUGCCAACGUAACACAGCGUCUGAAUCCGAACAUGAGUUUGUCAUGAACACAUCAUUUAACUGA